AUGGUGUCUAAUGUGGAAGAAGCGAUGAAGAAGAGGCAACAAGAGCAGCAGCAACAACAACAACACAACCAUCGCCAGAUACAAUGCAACAAAGGAAAAGCUAGCAAGUUCAAGAGGAGCACCUCCAAUCUUGAAGAAGAUGGUGCUUCUUCGGCCAUUCUUCUACUCGCAUUUGAUAUUGACAGUUGGCUUGACUUUGCAAUUGAAAAGAGAGUUAAAAGUCUUGCCUUAGAAUUCAUACAAAGGACUGGAAUUUCUAGACUAAAGGGAGAGAAAUACAAUUUUCCAAACACAAAUCUCCUACAUUCAAAGUUUCUUGGGUUUACUAAUUGCAUCUCCCUGACCAAACUUGUGUUGUCAUACGUGGAUGUAACUGGACAAGUUCUCGAGUACCUCUUAAUCAACUGUCCAUUUUCGGAACAAUUGUUUGUGGAAGAAUCUGAAAGUCUCGUAAAUUUGAAAGUUCCUGAUCUAGCAGUUAAAUUGAAACGUUUGGAGAUAAAUUUAUGCUUCAAUGUGAAAAGUACUGAGAUUUAUGCAACGAAUCUCAUGUCAUUUAAGUACUUCGGAGACUUGAUAAACAUGCCAUUCAAGAAUGAUCAGGAGCUUGUUGAUUUGUUUAUCGGGAGUGAGUAUUGCAACCAUUUAAUUUGUAACUUUUUCGAGAUUUCAAGCUAUCUUUCUCGGCUAGAGAGCCUUACAUUGAAGAUAGUGUACUUCGAGAAGAAUAAAAUUCAGUUUGCUAAAUUUCCUGUAUUUAAUAAGCUCAAACAACUGGAGUUGAAACUUGCUGUAGAUAAUGCUUUACUUGCACUUUGUGACUCCAUUCCUCCGCCUCCUUGUUAUAGCUUGAUUAUGCCAAUUACAAAUCGAGAAGAAAAUGGCAAAGUGUGA